AUGCCCAAGCGGAAACUCUCCGAGCUCAGCGGCCCCGCGCGACUGGACACUCGCAAGCUUUCCAUCAAGGCCGUCCGGCUGACCACCAAGUUUGAACAAGGUGUACAACUCCUUGCAAAGGGUCUCAAGACAGCGCGGGGUUUCGAGCGACAAAAACUGAGCCGGCGAGAGAAAACCGCAAAGGCAGAUGGUAACGCCACCACGUUGUCACGGUUAGCCGAGGAGGUGGAGGCGUUGAAGGCCAUCGAUUAUCAAGUUACUGCCGAGCGAUACCUCUUCAAACAGCUUUUAAAGACAAAUCGGAUCGCGGAGACACCGACGUUCAAGGAAUUCCAAGAGGCCAAGAAUGUCUCCAUCGAGGGACCGAAGAGCGCCGCCGAGUCCAAUGUUCAUGGUCGGCUAUUCAAGUCCACGCCUGUGAAGAAUGUGAUGCCAGAUAUUAUGGAUGGCAUUCGAAAAUUGUUGGGUGUUGAAGAAGCGCCGGCUGGGGCCAAGAAGGAUGCGCUUAAGAAAGAAAAAUCUGGAGUUAAACAGGAUGAUGUUUCUGAGUCCGAUAAGAAGGACAUGAAAAAGCAGAAGAAACUCCCGACAGAGAAAGAUGAGGAGCUAGAGGCUCACGAUGGAGAAAACCUGAGCAUAUCUGGCGGCGAGGACCCUGACAGCGAAGACCUCGCGCAAUUCGAUGCCCGCUUAGCUCCAGGUUCAGACUCUGAAGAUGACUCACAGUCAGAUGAGAAUGACACCGAUGCCAACCGGCAAGAAUUGGGAGUAGACGAUAUCUCGGACUCGGUCUCGCGCUCUCCUUCCCCAGACUUCUCCACCGCAGACUCCCCGCCACCCAAGAAGGCCAAAGGGGCCAAGGCCUCAAGUGCUCCCGUGCAAAGCACAACGUUUCUUCCAUCUCUCAUGAUGGGCGGUUACUGGUCUGGCUCCGAGGAGGCUACUGACGACGAGGCAGCCGCCGGUCCGCAGAAGCGCAAGAACCGCAUGGGCCAACAAGCCCGCCGAGCCCUGUGGGAGAAGAAAUAUGGUUCCCAGGCAAACCAUGUACAGGAAGAGCAAAAGAAGCAAAAGUGGAGUCGGGAUAGCGGGUGGGAUACUCGCAAGGGGGCGACGGGUGGUAGCGGUGGGCGAGGUGAUCGGGGUGGAAGAGGCGGCUUUGGUGGAGGCCAAGGGCGUCCCCAGAACCAUUAUGAUGACCGUUCGGGCUUCAGACAAGGCCAUGUCGACAAGCCUAGAGGGCCUCCGAAGGAUACCGGGCCAUUGCAUCCCUCAUGGGAGGCCAAGCGAAAGCUCAAAGAGCAAGCAUCUACGGCAACAUUCCAAGGAAAGAAGGUUGUGUUCGAUUAG